AACAGACAAAGGGCCAGGCAAAGGCAAACUCUCUGUCUUUGCAUCUCUCAGCAUGUCCAGGGUGAUGCUUCUGCUGCCUCUAUGCAUAGUACUUAUUCCAGUAAGGCAGAGUGAAGGAGCCCCACUGAAAGGAGAGGAGAAAUGGAAACCACUAGACAAUCCCACAAACAGAGACCUGUUUUUCAGAACUCUGCAGGCAUAUUUUUUGAGAAGAGGUCUUGAUCUUGAGAAAUUUCCAAAAUCUUUCUACAUAAACAACGAGAAACCUUGGCCUUCCUCUUUCCAUUCGGAUGCCAUUUCUUCUGCAUUUGCAGAUUAUGAGGAGCAGAAAAACUCCUUUUCCAAUUACUUCAGAGGCUGAAACUCUGCUCAGGUGGUUAUUUUUAAUCUUCUCAAUAGAAAAAAAAUGAAUAGAGGAUAUGGCUGACCUUCCCUACUUCUGGCCCCUGCACCCACUCUUAUCUGACUCUUCAUAAUGGUUUUUAUUCCACCUCUGUACAUGGAGUAAUCAUCUGGCUACAUGUGACAUACUUGUACACUCACUGAGUGUGGUUUUUGAUGACCAUAAAGGUAGAUGAGAAAAUUUACAAUUCUCUAAGACUCUAAUUGACAGAUCACUUAGCCCCCUGUCUGAAUGGGCAAGAGGGAGUUAGUUGGUCCCUGAAAGAUUCCCACACUGAAGAAAUCACAGGCCAAGUUUUUUUUUUUAAAUAGCUAUGGAGAAUUGUGUUUGGUUUUUGUUUUUGUUUUUGUUCUCUUGCUGUGGCUAUAAGUAUGCCAUAAAGUCCAAGAAAACACAAGUUCCUAAAAUGUUUUUGGUUGACAAGUAUAAAGAAAUUCAUGUUAUCUUUUGUGUUUA